UGUUGGUUGGUUGUUGCCAUCGUCAUCAUCAUCAUCAUCGACUAUAGUCGUUGUCCUUAUCUUCUUUGACGUCAUUUUUUCAAAUAUUGAUUCAAAAAAGAAGAAAACUUGAAUUUAUUUUCAUUCAUUUAUAUAUGAAUUCAAGGUAGAAGAAAAUCCCCCCACACGAAACAAAACAAACAAAGUUUUAUUCAACUUCAAUCUUUUUUGGUCAUUAUUAAUCGAAAACAACAACAAUAAAACAUGUCGAAUGGUAAUAGAAUCGAAUCAAUGGAUCAAAAUGAUAAUAAUGUUUGUUUAUCAUCAUCGUUACCAUCAUCAUCAUCAUCAUUAAGUGGUCAACAACAAACAAACAGUAGUAAUAAUAAUAACAAUGGUGGUAUUCAUCAGAUGAGAUAUUCAUUUCAAAAACAACCAUUUGUUAUUGGUGUUGCUGGUGGUACAGCUUCAGGAAAGUCGACAGUAUGUUCAAAAAUCAUUAAACGACUUGGUCCAAUCGAUCCAACAUCAAUAUAUUUAUCACAUGAAAAACGUGUAGUUCGUAUUUCACAGGAUUCAUUUUAUCGUAAAUUGACCGAUGAUGAUCGACAAAUGGUCGAUAAAGGAUUAUUUAAUUUUGAUCAUCCAACAGCAUUCGAUGUUGAUUUAAUGGUAAAAACAUUACGUGAUGUUUGUGAUGGUAAAAUGGUUCGUGUACCAAUAUAUAAUUAUAAUGAAAAUGAAAUUAGUGACAAAGAGGAAAUAAUCUAUCCAGCCGAUGUUAUACUAUUUGAAGGAUUAUUAUUAUUUUAUUUUCCUGAAUUACGUAAUAUGUUUCAUAUGAAAAUAUUUGUCGAUACGGAUCCGGAUACCAGGUUAUCACGUCGUGUAAUGCGUGAUGUUAAAGAACGUAAUCGUGAUUUAAGUUCAGUAUUGGCACAAUAUUUAAAAUUUGUUAAACCAUCAUUUGAAGAAUUUUGCCUUCCGACGAAAAAAUAUGCCGAUAUUGUUGUACCACGUGGUCCUGAUAAUGAAGUGGCGGUCGAUUUGAUUGUAACACAAAUUCAUUCGGUUGUUGAUCCUUCGAUUCGACAUCGAACAAUCAAAUUUGGCCGAUUAUUAUUUUUUAAUAAUAAUAAUAAUGAAGAUUGUGAAUUUAAACAAGAAAAAAUAAUAAAUGUACAAAAAAGUAAUAAAAAACAAUCAUCAUCAUCAUCAUUGUCGUUGCCAUCGUCCAAUUCAACUUUGUCGACAACGAUUGAAAAACAAACAACGGUUAAUGGUCAUGUUGUUAAUGGCUUCAACAAUGAAAAAGAAAAAUCUGUCAACGGUUUUUUGAAUAAUGUAAUCGAUUCGAUACCAAAAUCGAUUCCUAUUCAUAUUAAAUAUCCUAAUAAUGGUGUUAAUGGUGUUAAUGAUCAUCAUAAUCAUAAUCAUCAUGCUAGUUUGUUGGCUGAUGAAUUUGAUGAUAUGUAUCUUUCAUCUUCGGCACCAUCAUUUAUGACACAUGGAAUAUUAAAAUUCAAUAAACCAUCAUUGAUGAUUAAUAAUGAAAUUAAUAACGAAAACGAUAUGGAUUUUCCAAAUCAACGUAGACAAUCAAGCUAUUCAUCAUCACCAUUAUCAACAUCAUCAUCAUCAUCAUCGACAACAUCAGUUUCACCGAUAACAACAACAGCAACAACAACAACCAUUACUAAAUCAAUUGAUAAUAAUGGUCAAACUGCAAAAAUAUUAAUGAUUGCUAGCCGUUGAAUUCUUAUCUUUUUGUUGCUGGAAAAAACUUAGUAUUUUCAAUCAUUCUGUAUUAUCUGCCCAAUGAUAAUUCCACAGAUUUAAUUUUUAAA